AUGACCGAACUUCUCUCCAGAUUAACUAAUCUACAGCCUAACGGCCACGAGGUCAAAUUCAUAGCCAGGGUACCAAAAUUUUAUAAGCAGGACCCAACCUGUUGGUUCCUGAUAGUUGAGGCGGCCCUCGCGCGUGCAAAAAUAACUACUGAGAAGUCGAAAGCACAAGAACUAAUCGCGCAAUUAGAUCCAGAUAUCGUCGCGCAUGUCAAAGAUAUCAUAAAUUCACAACCUCAAGAUAUAUAUCAUCAAAUUAAGGACAGGCUCAUUAAAACUUAUUCAAUAUCGAGCGAGACCAAGCUGCGUCAGCUCUUAAAGGGGGAGGUAGUAAACGAAGGGAAACCAUCGCUCUUAUUAAAUCGCAUCAGAAGCCUUAACGACAGCGCGUGUAGUUACGACGUGCUUAGAUCCAUUUUUCUAGAGCAACUCCCUAGCUCAAUUCGCGCUAUCUUAGCCAUGUCUCAAGUUGCCGAUCUUUCGGCUCUCGCGACCUUGGCAGACAAAGUUUGCGAGGCAUCGAAUCCAUCUGCUUUCCAAACGUUCGCGGUAGCCCCGCAAUGCUCCACUACUCCUCACGCGGCCAAUGUGUGCUCGACUUCAGUACCGCAGUCCCCUAUGGACUCCAUCGCGUCAAUGUUCGCGCAGCAAACCAAAUUAUUCGAAGAACUUUCGCGCAGAAUCUCACAACUGGAGAACCAACGAGGUCGUUCAACCGCACGGUCAAAUUACCGUGGAAAUUCAGGCGCGCGAAACCGCAGUAAAUCUAAUAACAAAGGUGAUUAA